GCCCGCUUUUAAGCAGAGAGGCGGGGGACGCGAAAACGAGAAAAGAGAAACUCCCCACUUGUCCUCCUGCCGGGGACCGUCGUCUCUCGUCCCCCUUUCCCAUUUGUCCUCCAAAACCUUCCUGCGAGAUGCAGGCGGAGGACUUGGAGGUCCCUCUCCUUAAUAACCUCAACGACAACGGCGGCAGGUUGAGGUCGAAAGGCAAAGAUGUGUUCAAGGAGCAGCAGAAGGAGUCGGAGAACUCCAUGGAGUCUCCCAACCUGGAGUUUGAAUACGGCGACACCGACACCCUCACUGUCGAACUCUCAGAGUUGUACAGCUACACCGAGGAGCCUGAAUUUGCUCUCAACAGAGACUACUUUGAGGAGGACUUCAAAAGUCACGCCCGAGGCCGACGAUGGAUCGAUGUGAGCGCGGAGGAGCGGCGUGCGUACGUGAUGAGAUUACUGGACGCGCUGGAGGUGACCGACAGGGACAAGAGACUGAAGGUGUCCAGGGCCAUCCUCUACCUCGCUCAGGGUGUGUUCGACGAAUGUGACGCCGAGGCCGACGUGCUCCGCUGGUCCAGGCGCAAUGUCUUCCUCCUCUACGACAUGGGGAUCUUCACGGCCCUGCUGGAGCUCCUCAGCAUGGAGAUAGAUAACAACCAAGCCUGCAGCAGCGCUUUGAGGAAGCCCGCCAUCUCGCUCGCGGAUAGCACAGAGCUCAGAGUGUUGCUCAGCAUCAUGUACUUAAUGGUGGAGACGGUUCGAGUUCAAACGGACGACGACAACCCGGAGUGGCGAGCCACCAGGGAGGCCUUCAAGAACGAGCUCGGUGCGCCGCUGUACAAUGGCGAGCCUUUUGCCUUGCUUCUCUUCUCCAUGGUGACCAAGUUCUGCAGCAUGAACGCACCCCAUUUCCCCAUGAAGAAAGUUCUCCUUCUCCUAUGGAAGACCAUUUUGUUCACCUUGGGGGGCUUCGAGGAGCUGCAGGAGAUGAAGAUGCGGGGCAGAGAGCGUCUCAACCUGCCGCCGCUCCCCGAGGACAGCAUCAAGGUGGUCCGGGCCAUGAGAGCCGCCUCGCCGCCCGCCUCCGCCAUGGAGCUCAUCGAGCAGCAGCAACAGCAGAAGAGAGGACGGCGCAGUCGUAGGAGUGCCUUUGUUGAUAGCUUGGAAGGAGACAGUCCCUUUCCCAAGAAGCAGCCGCUGGUCAAACAGGACAGCCUGGACACGUACAACGAGCGAGACCCCUUCAAGAACGACGACGUCCGCGACGAGGAAGAGGACCCCGAGGAUGGUGACGGCGGCAUGGAGGGCGAGGUGGACCCCUUGGACCGUGACGUCAUCAUCCAGCCUCCGCCGCCUCCUCUCCGGCCCCCCGCGGAGAGGGUCAACUUCCCCAAGGGCCUCCCUUGGGCCCCUAAAGUCAGGGAGAAGGACAUCGAGCACUUCCUGGAGAACAGUCGGAACAAGUUCAUCGGCUUUACCCUCGGAAAUGACACCGAGACCCUCGUAGGCCUGCCCCGACCUAUCCACGAGAGUGUCAAGACUCUCAAACAGCACAAAUACGUGUCCAUCGCCGAAGUGCAGAUGAAGCGCGAGGAGGAGCUACAACAGUGUCCACUGAGCUUGGGCGAGGAGGAGGUGGAUGAGACGCCUGCGGAGAUGCUCUACCUGGGCAUGCUUCCAAACCUCUCUCAAUAUGUGAUCGCCCUCCUGAAGCUACUUUUGGCCGCCGCACCCACCUCCAAAGCCAAAACGGAUUCCAUUAAUAUCCUCGCCGACGUGCUGCCUGAGGAGAUGCCAAUCACGGUCCUCCAGAGCAUGAAGCUGGGCAUCGACGUCAACCGGCACAAAGAGAUCAUCGUCAAGGCCAUCUCGGCUCUGCUGCUGCUCCUACUCAAACACUUGAAACUCAACCACGUCUACCAGUUUGAGAUUGUCUCCCAGCAUCUGGUGUUUGCCAACUGCAUACCACUCAUCCUCAAGUUCUUCAACCAGAACAUCAUGUCUUAUAUCAGUGCCAAAAACAGCAUAUGUGUUUUGGAUUUUCCGCACUGCGCCGUCCACGAAAUGCCCGAGCUCACCGCAGAGAGCCUGGAAGCUGGAGACAACAACCAGUUCUGUUGGCGGAAUCUGUUCUCUUGCAUCAACCUGCUGAGAAUCCUCAACAAGCUGACAAAGUGGAAACACUCUCGGACCAUGAUGUUGGUGGUCUUCAAAUCAGCCCCUAUCCUGAAAAGAGCCCUGAAGGUCAAGCAGGCCAUGAUGCAGCUGUACGUGCUCAAGCUGCUUAAAAUCCAGACCAAGUACUUGGGCCGCCAGUGGAGGAAGAGCAACAUGAAGACCAUGUCGGCCAUCUACCAGAAGGUCCGCCACAGGCUCAAUGACGACUGGGCCUACGGGAAUGAUAUCGACGCGCGGCCUUGGGACUUCCAGGCGGAGGAGUGCGCCCUUCGCGAGAGCAUCGAGAAGUUCAACAGCCGGCGCUACGACAAAAACCGCAACGGCCACUUGGCGCCGGUGGACAACUGCCUACAGAGCGUGCUGGGCCAGCGCGUGGACCUGCCUGACGACUUCCACUACAGCUACGAAAUGUGGCUGGAGAGGGAGGUGUUCUCGCAGCCCAUCGAGUGGGAGGGUCUCCUCGUGGAGCCGUGACGCAAAAACACGACGACUUUGAACGCUCAUGGAGGAGCUAGCCAAAAACUGAGGUAGCGUUUUUUUUUUUUUCUUUUCAAGAUGGUAGCUUUGGUCUCCACUCUAAAAGGUAAUUAUAACACCGUUGGUUUUGAAAAAGACCACGGGGAUGAGAGGAAACAUGGUAAAGCAAUUUCUCCUUCCUCUCUUUUGAAAACAUGGGUGCUGCUUUGACCCCUUUGAUACUUGUUUGUAUAUUUGUCUGUGGUAAACGUUGUAGUGUCAAGUUCUCGCACACAAUUUAAAGUGAUUUUUUUUUUAAAUGUGUUUUAUUUAGGAGGCAGGAUGAGCAUUUUAAAAAGCAGGGUGUCCUAAAACUUCUGACAUUUUGUAGAUUUACAGCAUAAUGUUCCCAACUCAGCAAAAAAAAUUGACUUACAGCAGGAGGUGAGUUACCCGCAAUCCACAACUGCAUAAUACAAAUAAUAAUUAAAAAUAAAUAAAUAAAAGCUUAUUGUUACCUUCACAAGCACAUUGUCGACACAAAUUUGUUUUUUUCUCUAACUGACCUGCCGACUAUAAAAACUUCAGGGCAGUGAAUCACACGCACAGAGCACAAGCAAAAUUGUCACAAUGUGUUUAAUGUCGUAUUGUAUUUCAAAAUAUUCUCUUGACGGUUCACAAAUGCGCGUGAUCACCCCCCCCCCCUCUGUUUUUAUUAUGUCAAAAUCUCUGAAUAAUAAUAUACAUGUAGAAUCUCAGGUUUCCACAGAUCUUAUAUGGCAAAGGUUUGAUCACUUUUAGCUUCUACUGAACUUUGUUACAGUUGUGCCAAAUAUGAGUGGCUUUUUAACUUUCUCACUCUCACCUUCAUUUUCAUGCUGUUUUAAAAUGCCAAAUGUUAUUUAUUUUCUACUUCCAAAGUGUACAGUCUAUGAAAUUAGACAUUUAAUGUAUCUAGUAGAAUAUUUCAAAUGUAAUAUUAUUGUGGCUAUGACCAUGACAUAUAGCUGAGUGGGUAUGUAUGUGCAAUUACAGAUCAGCAGAGGCUUUAUUCGAGAUAUAAGUGAAUAAAAUGACAGUUCCAUAUUAAACAAUUUUGUGAUUUGCA